AUGAAGUCACUCGUCCUCACCGCAGCCCUCACCACCCUCACCACCCUUGUCCUGGGUGCUCCGAAAGACCCCUACCCGGCACCCUGUGGGCGAUCCGACCCUUCCGGAAUCUGCACUACCAAGUCAACCUGCUACGACAAAGGCGGCUUUUGGGUGCAGCGCGAUUGCACCUUUUACAACGUGCUCGACAUCGGAUGCUGCUACUCCAUCCCCGACGACAAGAAAUAG